AUGUCGGCACCACGAAUCCGCGCGAGCCUUGCCUCGCAUCGCAACACUCUCUUCUCCUUCGCCCACACCUGCAGACGACCUCGCGUACCCACUGGUGGCAGCACUCGCGGAACCACCGUCGUCUGGGGCGAUUACGGCCUCCGUUUGCUCGAUCAUGACCGUCGCAUUAGCGCUGCACAGCUCAAGAUUGGCGAAGAUGUCAUCCGCAAGCGCCUGCGUGGAAUGAAGUACCGUCUUUACACCCGUAUCUCUGCAAACAUCGGUGUCUACACUUCUGGUAACGAGUCGCGUAUGGGAAAGGGAAAGGGUAGCUUCGAUUACUGGGCUUCGCGUGUUGCUGUCAGCAAAAUCAUCUUCGAGCUCAAGGGAGAGUUGCACGAGCAGGUUGUCAAGGAUGCUUUCAGAUUGGCUGGAAACAAGUUGCCUGGACUUUACGAGUUCGUGCGUGCUGGAGAUCCACCAGUCAUGGGCAUCACAAAGCUCGGAAAUGGUGUCACUGAGGAGUCGCUCAGAAGGCCGAGACGUGAGCUGCCACCUCCUAGCAUUGAUCAAUCCGCCAACCGCAUGCCCGAAUCUCCUUCGCCGUAA